UAUUUGACUUGAUAAUAGGACUAGCCGUCUCUGGUAUCAUAGUCCAAUUUUGUAAGCUUUUAGGUGGUGUACUGAAGUUUAUGGACGUCGGUUGGAAAUUACUCCACCUAACAUUAUGUGUGGAGUUAGUAAACCUAACGUUUUGACAAUAAUGUGAAAUGAUAGUUUAAGUUGCUAACAUUAGCUGAUACUAUAGCUAGCUUACCAGAGCUUUUCGAAGAGUUGUAAGUAGUAGUCUAGUUCAGUGACUGGCCUCUGCUAAAUGGCGACGUAGCGACCUGGUUUCACAUCUCCAAAGUCUGGAGCAACGUCUUAAUUUUGCUGGGUUGCUGUUUUAACUAAAAUGUCACAACUUGUUGACUCCGAAGAGACCACUCCAUUGCUCAGAGAUGAUGCAAGCAGCGAUGACUCUCAGGAUGACGAUUACAAGAGUCGGUGGAGGUCAAUCCGAGUCAUGUACUUCACCAUGUUUCUCAGCAGUGUAGGUUUCACCAUUGUCAUCACAUCACUUUGGCCCUAUUUACAAAAGAUUGAUGAUAGCGCCAAUGCCAGCUUCCUGGGAUGGGUGGUGGCAGCCUACAGUCUUGGUCAGAUGGUUGCCUCACCCAUUUUUGGCCUGUGGUCUAAUUACCGACCACGCAGGGAGCCAUUGGUGUGCUCCAUCUUCAUCAACCUGUCGGCAAAUAUCUACUAUGCCUACGCAUACCUGCCCAAGACCAACAACAAGUUCCACAUCCUCAUGUCCAGAGCUUUUGUGGGCUUUGGAGCAGGGAAUGUUGCUGUGGUGAGGUCCUAUGUUGCUGGAGCUACAUCACUGAAGGAGAGAACCAGCGCCAUGGCGAAUAUGAGUGCCUGUCAGGCCCUAGGUUUCAUCCUGGGACCAGCUCUUCAGGCAUGCCUAUCAUUCAUCGGAGAGUAUGGUUUCACAGUGAAGUUCAUAGACCUGCAGCUCAACAUGUACACUGCCCCUGCUUUACUGGCUGCAGCAUUUGGCCUCAUUAACAUCCUGCUGGUCCUCCUGGUGCUGAGAGAGCACCGUGUUGAUGACCAUGGAAGACACAUUCGAGCCAUCAACUACACAUCAGAAGAUAGAGUCGACAUUAGCGAGGAAACUGAGGAGACAAUGGACCAGGUAGCGGUCCUGACCUCCAACGUCCUCUUCUUCAUUGUCAUGUUCAUCUUUGCUGUUUUUGAGACAAUUGCCACCCCUUUGUCCAUGGACAUGUUCGCCUGGACAAGGAAAGAAGCUGUUUUGUACAAUGGCAUCAUCAUCUGCGGCAUUGGAUUUGAGUCCAUCCUUGUGUUUCUGGUCGUUAAAGUGGCUUCUCAAAGGAUUGGGGAUCGUCCUGUGUUGCUAGCAGGCUUGGCCAUUAUAUUCUGUGGCUUCUUUAUACUGCUUCCAUGGGGCAAUCAUUACCCCAAAAUCCAGUGGGCAGACCUCAAAAACAACUCAUUGGUCAGUCAGAUAUCUGAAGCCACAAAAGCCUCCAACAACUCUUUGGAGCCUACAGGCUGCCCAUAUGAACAGACCUGGUGCCAGUAUACCCCAGCAAUACACCUAGCCCAGUACAUCUCAUCUGACAUCUUGAUUGGGGUGGGAUACCCAGCCUGCAACGUGAUGUCCUACACACUGUAUUCCAAAAUCCUUGGACCCAAGCCUCAGGGUGUGUACAUGGGGUGGUUGACUGCCUCAGGCAGCGGUGCACGGACAUUGGGCCCUGUCUUUGUCUCCCAGGUUUAUACCAUCCUAGGACCUCGUUGGGCUUUUAGCCUCAUCUGCAGUAUGGUGUUAGGGGCAAUCAUCCUCCUCAGCUGUGCAUACCACAGACUCAUCGCAUUUUCUGUACGCUAUGGAAGGACUGUAGAAUAACAAUUGCCACUGAAAAGACUGUCAGUUUCCUACUUUUAUCCUCAAAGACUUUUAGCCAAAAUCCUGGCUGUGUUGACGGUUUUUUGUUGUUACUCACUUUCCAAUGUGUUAACUGCCUUUGACAGAUUGUGACUCAGGGUUGACCUUUAAACUCUAAGGUGAAGAGAUAAGGCCAGGUUAUUCCUCAUGACUUGACCAAAGAUGGCUUCUUCGUUUUGAGUUCAAAGGGUGUUAGAACUGCAACUGCACUUUUACUCAUUUAUGAAAGAAGACAUGUGACACAUACUCAAAAUUAUGUAAGGCAUUGCCUUGUAUGAGGUGGGGCCAUGAUAUCAAAAUAUUUUAAAUCAAGUUACUAAACAUUUGUUACUGAAAUAUUGUAACUUAGCACAGAUAUAGCAUUGUUGGUUUUAAAGAUAACUGAAUUCUAAAAUAUAUGAAUACAGAGACUAUUUUAGCGAAGCAUUUACAAAACCUGAAAAGGUUUUGAGUCUGUCUUUGCAUUAAAUCAUGAAAGUAAUUUUUGGAAUCCACAGGCAAACGAACAGUCCACCUGAACAACCACGACCCAAUUAUUGGUAAUUGAAAAUAAGUAUCAAAUUGUUUUACUGAGAGAAAAUGUGCUGACUAUUGAAAUAUUGGUUGUGGCAUUCCUUAUACUGUAUGUCCUAAUCUGUCAAAGUUGACAUUUUGCUGUUUUAGUGACGAAUAUGAAAGAGGUCAGUUUCACUGUGCGAUGAUUUGUCGUACAAGAAAUGUGACUCUUGAGAGAUAAACAGACAUGACAUAGGGCAUAUAAGUGAAAUAUUUCCAGAAUAACUGUUCCACAUUGAACUGUUUUCCUCAAAGGGAAAAUACUGAUAUAAUUUUUCCUAUUUCCGUUAAAAGCUUUACUUGUGGUUGUUAAAACUGCAGGUUGUUGUCUACCUGAAAUAUUUCAGAAGGUGAUGUGUGAAUGUGUGUAUGCUAAUGAUUAACUGAGUGAUGCAUUAAAGUUUUAAUGUGAUUUUA